AUGCCCGCCGAUUAUGACAAGCAGAGCUACUGGCAUGGCCGGUUCACUUCCGAGACGGCCUUUGAAUGGUACACCUCGUCGGCGACAUUUCUACACAUUCUCAAUCCGCUUCUUGACGAGCUCCCGCGCGACGCCGGCAUUCUACAUCUGGGCUCCGGAACCAGCGACUUGCAUAACCGCCUCCGCGAGAGGGGGUUCGUGAAUGUAACCAACAUCGACUACGAACCGCUUGCGGUACAGCGAGGCCAACAGCUAGAGCGAAGUCGAUUCGGGGAUGUGCGGACGGGGUACCUCGUUGCGGACGCGACGCAGCUCGAUCUAGACGACAUAUAUCAGAUAGCCGUCGACAAAGGCACGGCCGACGCCAUCGCAUGUGGCGGGAGCGAGGCUGUGGACGCGAUGGCAAAGGGAAUCCGCCGCUGCCUUGGACCCGACGGAGUUUGGGUCUGCCUUAGCUACUCGGCGUCGCGGUUCGACUCCCAGGCCGUGCAGUCGCUGUUUCACGUCCAGGUUCUCGGCCGAGUGCCAACGCCAAAGUCCAAGCCCACCGACCCGGACAUAUUUCACUUCUGUUAUCUCCUUCGGCCCAAACAAGGCGUCGCAUGA